GCAAGUUCGAUAUUCCCAAGGUCGAGGACAAGGAUUUCAAGGAAGGCAAACUGUUGAACGUUUCAGGCUUCGCCCCGUUGCUGGCGAAGAACACGGAGGCUGACAAACCGAUAUUCCUUCGGGAGCACCUUCUUCAAGUGCAUGAUGUAUCAGUGGCUACGUUGAAAGACAAUGGGGACAAAAUGUUGGUUUCGCUUGUCGGUUGUCCUGGAACAGGCAAGACGUGGUGCGGAUGGCUGGUGGCGAACACCCUGCAGUGCAAACACAAGGUGCAAGUGCUGCACCUGACCAUCAGAGGCACUGAUGUCAUUGCCAUUUGGGCAUCAGAUGGACGUUACCUAAAGAGCACCUACGAGAAGGUUGAUGUUUGGACGUCCAGCAUGUUGGGACAGGUCCUCACUGACAGCAAGUGCCAAGUCUGCAUCAUUGACGUGGGCGACCUCUUCUCCGACGAAGUUAAGAAGAUUUUCCGCGCAGUGCAUCACAUUCUUGAGAAAGACUCCAACGUCAUCAAGUUCAUGGGCUUGGUGUCUGGGCAUGGGCAGGAGGACAUCAUUGGCAAACAGUCCAACAUCCUAGGCAUGACUCAAAAGCUGGUGCUGUGGAGUUGGUUUGAGCAUGAGUUCCAAGCAUAUUGCAAUGCGACGAAGAUGACGGCCGACGUCUAUGCAAUUUGCGGCGGUUCCGUUCGCAAUUGCUUCCGUCCGAAGCAGGACAUGUCCGAGAUUUUCGAUGCUGUGAAAAAACUGAGUCAGGAUGAGAAGGACGGAUUCCUUAUGGUCAACACCCGUCCUACCAAUGAUGCCGAGCAGAAGCAGCGCUCUCACUUACUUGCCUUCUUCCCAGCGAACACGGACUCCGAUUUCAAAGAUGGUGUGGCUCAUGCGAAUCAAGUCCCAAGGUCCGACUACGUCAUUCAAUGCAUCAGAGCAGACACCCAAGGCAGUCCCAAGCGAGUCAAGGAGAUGUAUCACAUGUUGUUGCCUUACAACCCGGGUGCUGCGGGAACUGCUUUUGAGAUGCUGGUGCAUUUCGUUUGGAAGCAUGUCGUUGAGACCAAGCUCGACGUGAACUUGAGGCUGGAUUGGAGGCACGAUGAUAAGCCAAUGCAGAGCAUCGAAGUCAAGGGUGGCGAGUUGCAAGGCUACAAUUCGCAAGCAAUCGAGGAAUACGAGAACGAAGAGAAGAUUGCGGCUGAUGGCUUGACAGGGUAUUUUACUCCGAAAGACUUCAAGUAUCCGGUGUUGGACAGUCUCCUCCGAUACAAGCAUGGUGACGCAGUCAUGGUUCUCGCAAUCCAGAUCAGUAUCGCCAAGACGCAUCAACAUGGAGAGCCAGUUCAAAACACGUUGCUGAAAGAGGAAGCCGAGGGGGAACCCAAGCCAAAGCUGGCGCUCUGGGAUUUCAAAGCAGAGGGCAAAGAGUGCAAAUGGACACCGACCACCUCGGACUAUUGGGAUUUGAUGUAUGUGGAAUGCGAGGCAUUUGCACGAUGGUUUGAGCAAAUCUGA